AUGACAAGGGGAAGGGAGACCCAUAACGAAAGGCGUUCGCCAUAUGUCGAGCCGUGGGCGAACAUUCCCCUCAGGGUACAUCGUAAAGACGAGGGCCCAGAAAUCCUGGACCAUGACGCGGUCGAAGAUGCCGUGACGUUUGCGGAAGAUCCCCAGGAUAUCCGCACGCUCGAGCUCUUGGUCCAGGAGCUCCAGCAGAAUACUACCAAUCACAAUCUCGUCCAACAGCAGGUCUUCCAGCAGCAUACGGCUCAGAAGCAGAUGACCCAGAAGCAUCGGACAUAG